CUGCCGAUUUUUUGGUAUUUCGGUGUAAAUUUUUCAACUAAACUAGGAAAAGAAUAAAAUCAGCAAAAAUAACGGUGAUAAAUAUGACCGAAGUCCUCAGCAACAACACUACCGACAAGGUAGCUGCACUUGUGAAGGAAGCGGAAUCGUUGAAGGCAAAGUUGGAAGAGGAACGACAGAAGCUCAACGAUGUUACUCUUUCUUCCGUUGCUGAGCGACUCGAAAUGAUCACCUAUCUGAACAUAAAACCGCGUCGUGUGCUUAAGGGGCACCAAGCAAAAGUUCUCUGCUCCGAUUGGUCCCCGGAUAAAAGGCAUAUCGUUUCAUCGUCGCAGGACGGAAAGCUUAUCAUUUGGGAUGCAUUCACUAACUACAAAGAGCAUGCCGUUACAAUGCCGACUACAUGGGUAAUGGGGUGCUCGUAUGCUCCAUCCGGUAAUCUCGUGGCUUGUGGCGGAUUAGACAAUAAAGUUACCGUUUAUCCAAUCACCAUGGAAGAGGAUAUCUCUUCGCGGAAGAAAACCGUUGGAACGCACACAAGCUACAUGUCAUGCUGCAUUUUCCCCAACUCCGAUCAGCAAAUAUUGACUGGAAGUGGUGAUUCUACUUGUGCUCUAUGGGAUGUCGAAUCUGGUCAGUUACUGCAAAGCUUCCAUGGCCAUACUGGUGAUGUAAUGUCUAUAGAUCUGGCACCUAACGAGACAGGCAAUACUUUUGUAUCCGGAAGUUGUGAUAAGAUGGCAUUUAUUUGGGACAUGCGUUCCGGUCAUGUCGUUCAAUCCUUUGAAGGGCAUCAGUCCGAUGUCAACAGUGUUAAAUUUCACCCAAGCGGAGAUGCAAUCAGUACUGGUUCGGAUGAUAGCACUUGCCGCCUAUUCGAUAUGAGAGCAGAUAAGGAAGUGGCUGUUUUCAGUAAAGAUAGCAUCAUAUUUGGGGUAAACUCAGUCGAUUUCUCUGUAAGUGGUAGGCUGUUGUUCGCCGGUUAUAAUGACUACACAGUAAAUGUAUGGGAUACACUUAAGGCGCAACGCGUUUGUCUGCUCUAUGGCCACGAAAAUAAGGUCUCUUGCCUGCAAGUAUCGCCAGAUGGUACAGCAUUAUCAACCGGAAGCUGGGAUUUCACUCUCAGAAUAUGGGCUUAAGUAAACUUUUAUUGAAGAGCAGAAUCUAUUAUGCCACCAAAAAACACAAAAUAUUUAAAAGUUACAGUGAAGUAAUAUUCGGAAGAUAAACGUUAAUGUGUCUCUCUCUGUCUAGAAAUUAGUGAAAAAUUACCAAAAAUGCUGUUGAAUAGUCAAAAGGGAUAGAGCUUUUGUCUUUCCAACUGUUUCCGUAGUUGUAAUUGUAUUCUAGAAAUAUAUUAGCACUUCGUUUUCUAUAAUUUAUAGAACGACAAACAUUUGUUUUCAGCUAUCGUACUAUAUUUAAAAAA